GUUUAUAUCCAACAGCUUAGAGAAUUUAUCUUUAAAUGUGACUGUUUUAAUCAUUAACUCUUACUUUAGCUCACGGCUGACUCUGACUUCCGGGAGACGAACUGCGCAGCCGUAGCCGUCGGCAGCUAAAAAUAAGUCAGCAGAGUCGGAAACUUUCUGUUCUAGUAAAACUACAGAGAGUCCGCGUCGAGUAAUCGGUUUUAGUCUCUUCUGAAUCCAGUUCACGCCGAUUUACCUCUGUUCUCAAUAGUGAUGCAUUCACGUCGCCUGGGAAAUGAGAGAGACGCUGACAUGUGAUGCGAAAGAGGAAUAACUCGGUGACUACGGAGCAUGACAGCGGGACUCUGCUGGACAACGACCCCGACCUGAAGCAGCGUCCCGGCAGAGGAGCAGGAGGGCCGGCAGGAGACAGCCAAGAGAGUCCGGGAGAGGAGGCGACCAUGGGGAAACCUUUCAGGAGGUUGGGUCUGGUUGGGAAGAUGAAGAGGAUUCUGCUGUGGGUGCUGGUCGUCUACAUCUCCAUCCCCUUCAUCGUCAAACUCUGUCCAUCCAUCCAGGCUAAACUUGUCUUCCUCAACUUUGUGAGGGUGCCGUAUUUCAUCAACCUGAAGAGGCCGCUGGACCAGGGACUCAACCACACGCAUAACUUCUACUUAGAACCGGAGGCAGGGCUAAAGAUUGGAGUCUGGCACACAGUUCCUGCUCACAUGUGGAGAGAAGCUCAGGGGAAACAUGGAGACUGGUACAACUCCAUGUAUAGCUCUGCUCACUCUGUCAUCCUUUAUCUACAUGGAAACGCAGGGACCAGAGGAGGAGAUCACAGAGUCCAGCUGUAUAAGGUCCUCAGCUCGUUAGGCUACCAUGUAGUCACGUUUGAUUACCGAGGCUGGGGAGAUUCAGACGGCUCCCCGUCAGAGGGAGGGAUGACAUCAGACGCUCUCUACAUGUACGAUUGGCUGAAGGAGCGUCUGGACAACAAAACGCCGCUCUACAUCUGGGGACACUCUCUGGGGACAGGGGUUGCCACCAACUUAGUCAGACGACUGUGUGACCGAGGAAGUCCUCCAGAGGCUCUGAUCCUAGAGUCUCCGUUCACCAACAUCAGAGAGGAGGCCAAGAGCCACCCCUUCUCCAUGGUGUACAGAUACCUGCCUGGCUUUGAUUGGUUCUUCCUGGAUGCCAUUACAGCCAACAACAUCCGCUUUGCCAGCGAUGAAAAUGUGAAUCAUAUCUCCUGUCCUCUGUUGAUCCUCCAUGCUGAGGACGAUGGUGUGGUUCCUUUCCAUCUGGGCAAAAAGCUCUACAACUUGGCGGCACAGUCAAAGAGCCUCAGUGGUCACAAGGUUCAGUUUGUCCCUUUCCCGUCAUCUCUGGGCUACAAACACAAGUUCAUCUACAGGAGCCCGGAGCUGCCAAACAUCCUCAGUGACUUCCUCGGCACGGCUCACCUACAGAGUGAAGAUUCAGCAUGAAAUCACAGUCACAUCCUCGGUCAUCGAGCUCAUACCAACACCACAUUCAGUACUGUUUGUUGUUUUCUGAUUGGACCGGACCGUCUCGCAUGAACUGGACACAAACGCCUCAUUCCCUCUUCUCCCUGUGUUAGCAUUCCUCCACAAACACUGGCAUCGCAGGGUUGUUUUUAAAAUGUGUUUUUAGUUUGAAGCCUGUUAUGACUUGAAUUAUGAAUUAAAUAUUUCUUCUUUUA